AUGGUGAUGUUGAUCAAAAUGGCUCCUCUUCCUCUGAUCUUCCUGUUUGCUGUUCACAUGGUUUUUGGUGCUGAUCGGGCUGUGAAUUACAACCCCUUACACAUCUGUGCACUAAAAGACUCGUCAGUGAUAAUGAGCUGCACUUAUACAUACCCUACUGGACAUCAGAUCAGGAAAGUGUUCUGGAACAAAAACCUUGUAAAACAUGGAGAAGAGCUUGCAGAUCUGUCUGAGGACCCUGAAUACAGUCAGAGGCUUCAGUAUCUGGGAGAUAAACAGCAGAACUGCACCGUCAGACUGAGUCAUGUGACAAAGAAAGAUGAACACAAGUAUUAUUUCAGAUUCAUUACUAAUGUAACAGAAGGAAGAUGGACUAGUAAACCAGGAGUGCGUCUCUCUGUCACAGAUCUUCAGCUGGAGUCUCCUGAGAGAGUGACAGAGGGAGUUUCUGUCCGUCUGACAUGUAAAAGCAGCUGUAAACUGACUGACACACCAACAUUCAUCUGGUACAGAAACUCACAGACAUGGACUGAAGGAACUAUUGGAAACAAACUCAUCCUCAAUCCAGUCAGAAGAGAAGAUUUAGGCAGAUAUAGAUGUGCUGUAGAUGGACACACACUCACAUCACCUGAGGUCUUUCUCUAUGUAACCUAUCCUCCAAAGAGCGUCUCAGUGUCCAUCAGUGGAUCUGCUGUAAUAAUGGAGGGAGAUUCAGUGACUCUGAGCUGCAGCAGUGACUCAAACCCUCCUGCAGAAUUCUACUGGUAUAAAGGAAUACAAUAUGUUGAAUGUGGAAAAAUCUACAAAAUCUCAAAGAUCAGCCCUGAUGACAGUGGAGAAUACAAGUGUAGAGCCAGAAAUGAGCAUGGGGAGAAAUACUCUGAUCCUGUGACUUUAGAUGUCCAGUAUCCUCCAAAGAGCGUCUCCGUGUCUAUAAGUGGAUCUGCUGUAAUAAUGGAGGGAGAUUCAAUGAGUCUGAUGUGCAUCAGUGACUCAAACCCUCCUGCUCUGAACUUCAGCUGGUUUAAGGAGAAUCAAAGCUCAGCUGUUGGAUCUGGACAGAGUUUCAGUGCAGUACAGAGUGGACGCUUCUACUGUGAGGCUCACAAUCCACAUGGAGCUCAGAGAUCAGACGCCGUCACUGUCACUGUUAAAGAUCCUCCACAAAGUGUCUCAGUGUCCAUCAGUAGAUCUGUGGUAAUAGUUGAGGGAGAUUCAGUGACUCUGAGCUGCAGCAGUGACUCAAACCCUCCUGCAGAAUUCUACUGGUGUAAAGGAAUAGAUUAUGUUAAAUAUGGAAGAACAUUCAGCAUCUCAAAGAUCAGCUCUGGUGACAGUGGAGAAUACAAGUGUAGAGCCAGAAAUGCACAUGGAGAGAAAUACUCUAAACCUGUGACUUUAGAUGUCCAGUACCCCCCUAGGAGUGUCUCAGUGUCUAUAAGUGGAUCUGAUGUAAUGGAGUCUCUAAUGUGCAUCAGUGACUCAAACCCUCCUGCUCUGAACUUCAGCUGGUUUAAGGAGAAUCAAAGCUCAGCUGUUGGAUCUGGACAGAGUUUCAGUGCAGUACAGAGUGGACGCUUCUACUGUGAGGCUCACAAUCCACAUGGAGCUCAGAGAUCAGACGCCGUCACUGUCACUGGUGAAGCUUUUAUCAUCACACUCCUGUAA